CCCGACGACAAGGAGAGAUUUACUUCUUCGUUACAAACGCCGCUGUACGCAUCGUCCGCUUUAAAAUCCAAGCCGUACUCUACAAGAAGCUUGAUCAUGAACAAUAUUAAGAACAAGACUGCUUUGAUCACCGGAGGAGCCAGCGGGCUCGGUUUCGAUUAUGCUCAGAAACUGUUGCAAAAUGGAGCGAAGGCUGUCGCUAUUCUUGAUUUGGCCAGUUCCCCUGGACAAACGACGGCAGCGAAUUUGGAAAAAGAAUUCGGCAAGGGAAAAGCAAUAUUCUGUCCCUGCGACGUCAGCAACGUACAACAAUUGACGGAAGCAUUCAAGAAGGUCUGGAACGCGUUGAACGGUCUGGACAUUGUUAUUAACAAUGCUGGUAUAUGUAACGACACCAAGUGGCAGCAAACUGUUAAUAUCAACGUUACUGGUCUAAUCCAGGGCUCGUUGCUCGCCAUGGAACUCAUGGGCAAACACAAAGGCGGCAAAGGUGGAACUAUUGUGAACAUUUCGUCGAUCGUCGGUUUCCAACUCUUCCCGAUUAUCCCGGUGUACUGUUCCAGUAAAUGGGACGUUAUGGCAUUCAGUCGAUGUCUACAGACUCACUACGAUAACACCGGAGUUCGCGUUCUUGUCAUGUGCCCAGGUGUCACGACGACCAACUUGCUUACAGAACUCGAAAACACUGUUUUUAACUUUGUUAAGCCUGAGGAUGUUCAACAGACGCUCCGCAGUCUGCCAACACAGCCGUAAGAAUGAAUUUAAUCAAUAUGAUAAAUUUCAUUUCGUGGACAUGCUGCUGAUGUAAUAGAAUCGGUUUCUAACGAACCAGAGAACAAUCUAAAAAUUUUGCUUAAAGUACGAGGAGAAGAUGAAUAGAAAACUGAGCCAUCAAAUCCUCAAAC